CCUUGGCCCGGUGCCCGGGGCCUGAACAUGGCUGCGCCGAGCUCGGCCGGCAGCUCCCUGUACGACGCCAUCGUCGUGGGCGCGGGGAUCCAGGGCUCCUUCGCUGCCUACCACCUCGCCAAGCGGGGCAGGAGGGCCUUGCUGCUGGAGCAGUUCCCCCUCCCUCAUUCCCGGGGCAGCUCCCACGGGCAGAGCCGCAUCAUCCGCAGCACCUACCCGCAGCCGCACUACACCCGCGCGAUGCCCGAGUGCUACCGGCUCUGGGCGCGGCUGGAAGCAGAGGCCGGCGUCCAGCUCUACAGGCAGACGGGGCUGCUGGUGCUGGGGGCAGAGGGCAGCCCAGCCUUCGGGGCCUGCCUGCAGAGCCUGGCCCAGCACGGCGUGCCCCGAGAGCUGCUGUCGGCGCAGGAGCUUCCCCGGCGCUUCCCCGGCCUGCGGGCCUACCGCGGGGAGACGGCCGUGUUUGAGCCCAGCGCAGGCGUGCUCCGCGCGGACAAGGCGCUGCGGGCCGUGCAGGACCUGUUCCUCCAGGCCGGCGGGGCCCUGCGGGACAGCGAGAAGGUGGUGGCCAUCGAGCCGGGGCCCGUGGUGACCGUGAGAACCAGCGCAGGGGUGCACCGGGCCGGGAGCCUGGUGAUCGCUGCCGGGCCAUGGACCAACAAGCUUCUGGCCCCGCUGGGGCUGCAGCUGCCCCUCCAGCCCCUGCGUGUCAGCGUGUGCUACUGGAAGGAGAAGGUGCCCGGGACCUACGGGAGCCCCGCGGGCUUCCCCUGCUUCCUGAGCCUCAGCACCAGCCAGGCGCCCCACGACAUCUACGGGCUGCCGGCCAGCGAGUACCCGGGGAUGGUGAAGGUCUGCUACCACCACGGCUGCCCCGUGGACCCCGACGAGCGGGACCGGGAGCCCAAGGGCUCGGCCCUGCCCGACAUCCAGAUCCUGCGCGGCUUCGUCGGCCGGUACCUGCCCGGCCUGGAGCCCGAGCCGGCGGUGGUGGAGAGCUGCAUGUACACAAUCACCCCAGAUGAGGACUUCGUGCUGGACCGGCACCCCCAGUUCAGCAACAUCGUGAUUGGCGCCGGCUUCUCAGGCCACGGGUUCAAGCUGGCGCCGGUCGUCGGGAAGGUCCUGUGCGAGCUGAGCCUGGGGCAGGCGCCGUCCUGCGACGUGGAGCCGUUCCGGAUCCAGCGCUUCCCCAGCCAGCGCCGGGCGGCCCUGUAGGGCUUCCCUGCCCGCACCCCAGACACACCGCCAGGAGCCACUGCCCAGCCCACGGACCCACAGCGGAGGCCCCGAGACAGCCGGUGCCCCCACGGGAAGCUGGAGGAAGACGCUGCCCCGGAGCCCUGUCUGCCCACAUGAAACUGCCCCUGCCGGCCUGUCUCGGCCUGUGCCCGGGGCAGCCGCC